AUGGCGAAGUAUGUUAUUGCUGGAAAGGCAAAUUGCCCCUUUUAUUCUAAAGCAGAGCUUCUUGCCGAUGAACUUUCGUUGAACUUACCAGAUUUUAAAGUCCACAAGAUCGUCAAGCAGCCAGAGGAUUGGGAAGGUUGGCUAAAAGAAACCUGCGAAGAAAAAGGAUGGAAACAUUCUAGUUCUCCUCUUGUUUGGAGGGAGCUUGUCGAUCGAGGUGGAGCAGGUAUUCUUCUUGGCGGAUGCGAUGACUUCUUAGAAAUGGCCAGAGGUUAUUAUGGCAUCACUUCGGUUAAAAUGAGUGACGAACUGUUAAAUAUCGCUGACGAAAACCUUCAAACAAAGAUCGAAAUUGAUGCCGAAGAGGAACAGAGAAAGGCAGCCAUUAAUCCGUUACGAAUUUGCGUGUCUGGAGCAUCUAACGCGUUUGCUUAUGGUGUUUUGAGUUAUUUAGCUCAAGGAGAAGUGUUUGGGAUCGACCAAGAAUUGAGUAUUUAUCUGCUCGACAAGGCUGACUCUCAGGAAGUUCUUAAAGGUACAGCAAUGGAGAUCCAAGAUUGUGCAUGGCCUUUGCUCAGAGAUGCAGUACAGACAUCGGAUCCAGCGAUCGCUUUCAAAGAUGCCAGCGUGGCUGUUCUGCUCGAUGGCAUUCCCCUUGAAGAAGGAGUUGAUAAAAAGGAGCAACUUCUCGCUAAUGCUAAAAUUUUUAAGGCCCAUGGAGAGGCCCUUGAUCAAUAUGCUAAGAAAGACGUGAAGGUGCUUAUCGGAGGGGGGCCGGCAAGUGUCAACGCUUUUGUCGCCAGUAAAUUUGCUCCCUCAAUACCUAAGAAAAAUAUCUGUGCCCUGGCUCGUCUCGUGGAAAAUAGGUCUAAAGGGCUCUUGGCCAAAAAACUGAAUGUCAACACCGCAGGAAUAAAAGAUGUCAUUCUUUGGGGUAAUAUUGGUGUUCUUACUACAGCAGACCCUAGAAAUGCCAGGGUCCAUGGCUUUGAUGGUGCCAUCUGGGGACCACAUAUUCCUGGAUUCACCCGACACGUACCAGAAAUGGUCCAUGAUGACAAAUGGCUGGCAGGAGAGUUUUUAGAAACCUUAAAAAAGCCCAUGAAUACUGCCAAAAGCCCAAAAGGGACCCCUCCCUUGCCAGGGAGCUUCGCUGUGUUAACUCAGCUUCGUGAUCUGUGGCAAGGGACAUCGUCAGAGAUUUACUCUCUCGGGGUGUCCUCUGAAGGCUGGUAUGACCUCCCUCAGGAAAUCUUCUUUUCUUUUCCAGUUAAGUUCGGACAGGGCUCUUGGAAAAUUGUUGACAACAUUCCACUUGAUGACUCUCUGAAAGCACAACUGUUGGCAAUUGCUGAAGAGCUUAAGAACGACUGCGAAGAGAUUUUGAAUAAGCUUAGUUCAGUGUCUUGA